GUCUCACUGAACCAGAUCGGCCUGGAGGCAAGAAGCAAAAGAAGGAGGAUGCUCAAGUCAUUGAUCGUUUACCCUCGAAGUUCGCGCCAUCUCUGAUGCUGAAGAAAUUGCUGAUGCCCUUUGGGCCUACCGACGAAGACCGCUACUGGUGGGCGCAGGAAGAACCCCAUUUGCUAAAGGAUGGUGCCCUCGAUGUGGACCCUUCGAGGACCUUGAACGACAGUCAGCUCAAAGCACUGGAGUCAGCGGCGGAGAACACCUUGACGUUGAUCCAGGGACCCCCAGGCACUGGGAAGACCACCACCUGCGUGCAGAUCCUACGGCGCUGGGCCAUGACCUUUAAGCGGCCAAACAAGAGCUGUCGAAUCUUGGCCACAAGUGGCUCCAACAUUGCCGUGGACAAUUUGGUAGAAGGCUUGCUGAAGGAGAAUGUGAAGGUGGUCCGCAUCGGCCGCCCGGAGAGCACUCGACCAGAGCUGGCGGCGAGCGCCGUGGAGAACGUGGCCGCGAAGAUGCUCGGGGUCUCAAGCCUCGCAGAGGUCCCAAGUUUCCAUCAGCGGCGCCAAGCCUUGCAUCAAGCGAUACUGGAAGCACAAGUGGUUUGUUGCACAGCAGUGACCGCUGGCGGUGGACUGUUGAGGGAUAUCUACUUCCCUUUGGUCCUGAUUGAUGAAGCUUCGCAAGCCACGGAGCCAGCCACAUUGGUUCCGAUUUGUCACGGCUGCAAGCAGCUGGUCCUUUGUGGAGAUCACUGUCAACUGCCCCCAACUGUCAAGAGCGAGAAGGAGCAUUCGGAAGUGCUGAAGAUGUCGUUGUUUGAGCGUUUGGCACUCACUGGGGUCAAGCCCGUAAUGCUGAACGUGCAGUAUCGGAUGCACCCGUUGCUGUCGGCCUUUCCAUCACAAGCCUUCUAUGAAGGGAAGCUCUUGGAUGCAAUCAUGCAAACUCCAGUUGAGAAGCCUCCCAGCUGGAAGUACAAGCACAACCUGGUGGUCGUACCGGUCUUCGACCAGGAGUCGCCCAAAGGUACAAGUCACAUGAACGAGGGGGAGGCUGAGGUCCUGGUGAAGCACUUGGAGGACUACUUGGAAAAUGGUGGCAGCGAGGAGAGCAUCGGCGUGAUCAGUCCCUACGACUCGCAGGUGAAGCUUUUGCGGCGUAUGCUCAAGAGCCGGCAUAUCAAGACCGGGCUUCAAGGCGUCGAGGUGAAUUCUGUGGAUGGCUUCCAAGGACGUGAGAAGGAGGUCAUCAUGAUCAGUACAGUUCGAUCCAACGAGCAGAACACCACGGGCUUUGUGCGAGACUGGCGCCGUGUGAAUGUCGCCAUGACACGUGCCAAGCCCUUUGGCGACUGA